CACAUACGUACAAACACAUCUCCUAAGAGUAUUAUAAUACCGCAUAAGACUUGGGAAAAGCACCGGAUUGGGCAUCAUAUUUGUAUGUUGUCCCGCACAAGCUGUCCAAUGGUGAGCAUAACCGUCGUCAUGCUUGUUUCGGAAGGCCGGGGAGCUCUCUUUGAUGAGACUCGCCUGGUUUGGUGGCACCGUCGAGGGUGCAUCCUCCGGCGUUUGCUUUAUCGACUACUCAGCAACACUAUUGUCCUUUAUUCCAUCCCCUUCCAGUUCUUCUAUCUGUCCCCGUCUUUGGUAAUCCAGCUCUAUUUGACAUCUUACUAAUGCUUUCGUACCGUUAGUUAUCUACCUGUCCAUGGCAAUAGGUGGUUUUUAAGAUCCCAUCGCCACAUACCAGCCUUUCCUUUUUGUUACUAUGGGACAGUCCUCCUCUACGCAAAGAGAUCAACGCCAGAAUACUCCUUUCCACCACCUGACCUCUCUUCAACGCAGUCACAGCCGCAGGAGGAAUGAAGAUAUGAGUACCGGCCAGAAUACGGAGCAGGAUGGGGUUGUUGGACCCCAGGAAGGCCUUGAAAUAAAUAACGAUGAUGUUGGAAUGGUGGACCAAAUGAUGGCCCCAGUUGAUCCGUGGCAGCCGACGAUCACCCCCGGCGAACUUUCGGGGAAUUCAAGACAAAUGGGGCGUAUCCAAGAAGAAACUGGAUCCCAGUAUGAACCUAUCCAGCGGGAAUACCGAUCUGCAAUUUUAGCUCGCAUGGCCGCCAGAAGACACUCAACGAUGUCAAGGUUAGGAUCCAGGAUUUUGCCGAACUCGGUUAUCCGUGGCCUUCUAAGCAGCGAAGAGGAAACCCCAGCAGAAGGACAUGCGCAUCGACAUGGAAUAGUUUCGAGAUCGAUUCCAAGAUCAGAGAUCGGUCACAGCAGUAGCCGCUUCAGCCCUUUUACCUCACUUAGCGCCAGAGGCGUAUCAAGAAGACGCUCGAUUCGUGCACCCUACUUCAUUCCCCGCAGUGAUCCGUCCGUCAUUUCAGACCCUAACCAUUCGGGCUCUUCCUUGGAUCCGUCUGCGGAAAACAGUCCGGAAUCGGGGAGGGUGUCAUGGCGACGAAACGCUCGACUACAUCGCAUGCGACAGUCGUUGUCGAGUCCCAUUACACAGAUGUUUGGCCAGCCGUCUUCAGGUACGUCUCCUGAUCAGACCCCUGAAGAUACCCAGCAACCCCAUAUGCCCGGCCCUGAUUCCCUUGGAUUUAUUCCGCAUCCAGUGCCCAUGGAUACCCGUCCAGAUUUUGAUGCCCCCCACGAACUGGAUUCCGUGGAGCCUGCAGUGGGAAGCCCACGUCCAGGUUCCCCCCUUUUCCCACAGUCUGCACAAAGCCCAUCGAGUGCGCGACACUUUCCGAGUCUGCUGCGAGCACGGCCAUCUCGAGCUCUGCGACGGGAAGAGCAGACACCUCUGUCGCGCGUCCUUCAGCUCGCCGCUGCGGCUAUUGCUGCCCAACUUUCCGGUACUGCUGGUCCAGUUAUGCCCAACAUUCAAGCACUGGGCAAUGAUGGGCUGGAUGGUUCAUUGGAAAGUUUCAUUCAGAGCCUGCAGCAUGCCACAUCUGGCCACCCAACACCUAGCGACGCAUCUAAUAGCACAGGAGACGAUGGGCCCCCAGCUCCGGUCAACUUCUUGCGAGUUUUUCGAUUCGCCAAUUCCGACAGCCCUCGCGCUCCUGGCCCGUCAAAUCCGUCAACCACAGAGUCAGACAAUUCUGGGAACCAUGGAGAUGGCAUCGAUGUCGAUAACCAUGUAGAUGGGCCUGAAGGUCGCACAGUUACCCUGGUGGUCGUUGGAGUUCGAUCUGUUCCCUCCGGUAAUGGCCCUGGUGGUGACCAACAACCCACAGCGGGGCCAGGUCUAGAUGCUUUGCUUCGACUUCCGUUCUUGACACCAGGGAAUAUCCCCCGAAAUCAGGAUAGUGGCCCUGGGUUUCCCCCACGGGCUGGAGGCCGCCCGGGUUUUGCCGCCAAUCGUCCUACGGCAGGAAGCGCCGGUGCACCAAUUAUCAACGAUGAAACCCCAUCACAGCAAGGACUGUCGAGCCCAUCGCGGAGAUUUUCCGACGCUGGAAGCCGUGGCCCACCGUCAUCGCUUCCUUCUGUCGUAUCGGAAAGCCCUCCAGGUCCUCACCCACCUCCAUCUACACCAGCAGAGCCUGGUCUUUCUGCCGUUUCGUCGGGCGCGUCCACUCCAAGUCGAAGACUGUCAUCCGCAUCGAUGAUGUCACCCAACAUCCUUCCUCAGCUUGACGAGAACCGGUCCAUGCAGCCCACAGUGGAGCCGCUAGAGGACAAUAUCCCUUUUACUACAUCCCGCCAGAGACGCAGAAGCGACUCGGAAUUUGCGCGCCAUCGCGAGCUGGGUUCUGGAGCCGUUAGACGAAAUGGCGUUGUGGAACCCGACAACCCGACGCCACCGGCAGGUAGAAGCUGGUUGAUCUAUGUUGUCGGCACUAACCUUUCGGAAAAUCACCCUGCAUUUGCAACCCCAAGCCUAUUCACUGAUAAUCCGACUUACGAAGACAUGAUCCUGCUCUCAUCCCUCCUUGGCCCUGCUAAGCCACCCGUCGCUAGUCAAGAAGAUCUCACGUCUGCGGGGGGCCUCUUGCGUGUCAUCGAAUAUGGUGGUUCCCUUGUCGCACAGACCCUUGAUGAAGCUGUCACUAUUCCGAUACCGGAGAGAGAACGGUGUUUGAUCUGCCUCAGUGAUUAUGAAGUAGCUGAGGAGCUGCGACAACUUACCAAGUGCAAACAUCUUUACCACCGGGAUUGUAUUGACCAGUGGCUAACGACAGGUCGCAAUUCUUGUCCCCUCUGUCGGGGUCAGGGUGUCGCCGAAAAGUCGAAUGCCGAAGCAUCGUCAGACCCGCCGAGCGCGGCAGCAGCUUGAAUGCACAGAUAUCGUCACGGCCGUCGUUUUUAAUAUGAGGACCCAAUUCGUUUCUUGAGUUAUUGUGUGUCAAGUUUAGCAUGGAGCGUCUAGCCUUUCUACCUCUCUGUUCGUUUUCUUUUUAGCCUAUUGUCUUCUCCACUUACCGAUAUCCAUUGUUGUAUUGCCUUUUGUGAGAGUUCCUUGGUUCUGGUUAUUGUCCUUGGGUUCGGGGGUGUCACUAGGGAUGUCUCAAGAGACUCCAGGGACAGGUCUUUGGACGUCGACAGGCUGGAAGCUUUCGAUAUUCCUGGUUACAAACUUACCUUUGUGAUAUAUCUUAAAACAUUGCGUUUCAAAUAGAC